AUGUCGGAAAUUGAGACAAAUGUGAGUGAAGGGUUUUGGAUUAUUUCGAAUUCAUGAAAAAAAAAUAUAAAUCUAAGAACCACGGUUCCGAAUUUUGUUAAUUUUUCAAAUUUUCAGAUCGUAGAUCAAGAAGAAGAAACUGAUGAUGAGACAGCAAGAAUUGAUUAUUUGAUUGGAUUUGUUGGAAGAUUAUUAGCAGCACCACUCAAAAAGAAAGGGUAUUUAAACAACAUAAAAACUAUCAAAAAUCAAAUCCUCAACUCUAAUUUUCCAGAAAAAAAGAAACACCAGUUGUUGAUGUAAAAAUAACCACGGAUGAUAUUCGAAUUCUCACAAUGUAUGCAUCUUUAUCAUUCAAAAAUCAAUCUUCACUUUUGAAAAUCGAUGAAGAAAGUCUGCCAAUUCAUAUAGUUGGAGAUUUGCACGGACAAUUCCACGAUCUUCGUUUGUUAUUUUCUCGAUGCGGUCAUCCAUCUCAAACAAAUUAUAUUUUCCUUGGCGAUUAUGUUGAUCGUGGACUUCAAGGAAUUGAAACAUCGUGUUUGCUAAUGGCACUUCAAUGUUUAUAUCCCAAAAAUAUUUUCAUGGUUCGUGGAAAUCACGAAGAUUAUAAUACAACUUUGACAUAUGGAUUUUAUGAUGAAUGUUUGAUGAAAUAUGCAAAAUAUGGAGAAAUUGUUUGGUUGAGUAUUAUUAGUGCUUUUAAUCAUUUACCAUUUGCUGCGCUGAUUUUUGGCCGGAUUUUGUGUAUGCAUGGAGGAAUUUCACCGAAUUUGAAAAGUUUGGCAGAUAUUGAUAAGGUUAGUUCUGUUUUUGCAACUGAUCAACAUAAUUUAGAAAUUCGCGAAACUCGUGUUCAGAAUUCAUUUUGCCACGUCAAAUCUAUUUUCCCAGAAAUUUCUUGAAAAAUCUGAGUUCACCAUAUUUUCCAGAAGAUCAAAAUUAGUAGAUUAGCACAUUUGCAACAAUUUUUAUUUUGUGUCAUGUUGAACUUCCCUUGUCAUUCAGAAUUCAGAAGUACGAGAACUUGAAAUUUUGGAAAGCUGAAAAUUCGUCAAUUUGAACUUUUUAGCUUUUGGGAAAUCUACGCACUUAAUAUAAUAGGAAAUUAAAAAAAAACAACCUAUCCAAAAUUUCCCGGGAGAUUAAUUAGACCUUUUUCAAAAUAAAAAAUGAAAUCACAUGCAAAAUUUUUGAUUGAUCAAGGAAAUAUUGAGUACUUACAGUAGUAGAGUUUUGUACAGAGAAUGUUUUGGAAGAUUCAUAAUUAUAGCAUCUUCUGAAAAGAUAACAGAUAAAUUUAAGUUUUUUAAAGUUAUUGAGAAGCUAUAAAAAAAAUCAAUAAUGUGAAUUACUUCAACAUCACUCCCAGGUUCUGACAAACAUAUCUCCAAAUUCAUAUAUUUUCAGAUAGUCCGGCCAACAAUGAUUCCAGCCUAUGGUUUAGCUUGUGAUCUUGUUUGGUCUGACCCCGAAAACACCCAAAAUCCUGGAUUCUCCCUUUCCAGUCGUGGAAUUUCAUUUUCAUUUGACGAUUCAGCAAUUCAAGAUUUUUGUCAGAAAAAUGGACUUGAUUUGAUAAUUCGUGCACAUCAGAUUUCUAGUGAUGUAAGUUAGUCUAAUUCAAAAAUAAUAAUCAAGAUUGAAAUUUUCAGAUGUAUCGCGGAGGUCAUAAAUUCCACGCGGGUGGAAAUAUGGUCACUAUUUUUUCAGCUCCAAAUUACUUGAAUAUGGGAAAUGAUUCGUGUGUGGUAAGAGUUGAAAAAUCGGUAAGUUCUGAAAAUGUUUUUUUUCAAAUUACACUUCGUCUGAAAUUUUUCAGAAACUCGUCAGAUUUAUCGUUUUCCGCCCAACUAUUUCGAAAUGA